CACUGGGUUCUGAUAAUCUCCCCAAUUAUUUCCUCAGCAAACUGGAUGAGGAUUACCUGUAUAUGGCGUAUGCCGAUAUCAUGGCAAAGAGCUGCCACCUGGAGGAGGGAGGGGAGAACGGCGAAGCUGAAGAAGAGGUUGAGGUUUCUUUUGAGGAGAGACGGGUGCCAUGGUGUCCUCCACCCUGAAGCUGGGCAUCUCCAUCCUAAAUGGGGGCAAUGCUGAUGUGCAGCAGAAAAUGCUGGAUUAUCUGAAGGACAAGAAGGAAGUUGGCUUUUUCCAGAGUAUCCAGGCGCUGAUGCAGACAUGCAGUGUCCUGGAUCUCAAUGCAUUCGAGAGACAGAACAAGGCAGAGGGGCUGGGCAUGGUGAAUGAGGAUGGAACUGUGUCUUUGAAGUGGUGGCUGCUUCUCUCAGUGCUCCUAUGCUUUGUGCAUGCGUGUGCAGUGUGCAUGGGCUAUGUGCAUGCAUGGACUGCGUCCUGGAACAUCUGACCCCUUCUGGGCCCUGCCCCGCUCUUCC